CGCCCGCCAGCCCGCGGCUUCCCUGAGCCAGCAGCGGUGCCGGCGCGCUUUCGCUUCCCGUCGCCGCUUGUGAGUGGCGCUCUCCGGCUCCUCGGCCGCGGUGCUGCCUGCCGGGCGGUCGGUCGGCCGGCCGGCGGGCCGUGGUUCCCACAGGCUCUUCUCGGUCCCUUGUCACUGCUCGCUGGCAGCAGGCCUGGCCGCUCCCACGCGGAGCGAGCUUCUCCUCAGGGCCAUGUCCAGGCCGAGCAGCGUCUCGCCGCGUCCUCCGGCUCCUGGCGGAGGCGGCACCGGAGGCGGCGGCGGCGGCGGCGGCGGGGGCGGAGGCGGAGGCAGUGGCGGCGGCGGCGUCCCGGCUUCGUGUGGCCCUGGAGGCGGUGGACGGGCCAAGGGGCUCAAAGACAUUCGCAUCGACGAGGAGGUGAAGAUCGCCGUCAACAUCGCCCUGGAGCGCUUCCGAUACGGGGACCAGCGAGAAAUGGAAUUUCCUUCUUCUUUAACCAGUACGGAAAGAGCCUUUAUCCACCGACUGAGUCAGUCCCUUGGUUUAGUUUCUAAAAGUAAAGGAAAGGGGGCAAAUAGAUACCUCACUGUGAAGAAGAAAGAUGGAUCAGAGACAGCUCAUGCAAUGAUGACCUGUAAUUUGACUCAUAAUACAAAACAUGCUGUUAGGAGCCUAAUUCAGAGAUUUCCUGUCACCAAUAAAGAGCGUACUGAACUUCUGCCUAAAACAGAAAGAGGAAAUGUGUUUGCAGUUGAAGCUGAAAACCGAGAAAUGAGCAAGACAAGUGGACGACUCAACAAUGGCAUACCUCAAGUCCCUGUGAAAAGGGGAGAAUCGGAAUUUGAUUCAUUUAGGCAAUCUUUACCAGUUUUUGAGAAACAAGAAGAAAUUGUUAAAAUAAUAAAGGAAAAUAAAGUAGUUUUGAUUGUAGGAGAAACUGGGUCUGGAAAGACCACACAGAUUCCUCAGUUCCUAUUAGAUGAUUGCUUUAAAAAUGGCAUCCCCUGCCGAAUAUUUUGUACUCAACCAAGACGAUUAGCUGCUAUUGCUGUGGCUGAAAGAGUUGCUGCAGAGAGAAGGGAAAGAAUUGGUCAAACAAUUGGUUAUCAGAUCCGAUUAGAAAGCAGGGUUUCUCCAAAGACACUUCUGACAUUUUGUACUAAUGGGGUAUUGCUUCGUACAUUGAUGGCAGGCGAUAGCACAUUGUCAACAGUGACCCAUGUCAUUGUGGAUGAAGUGCAUGAAAGGGAUCGAUUCAGUGAUUUUUUACUUACAAAGUUAAGAGAUUUGUUGCAAAAACACCCAACUUUGAAACUCAUCCUUUCUAGUGCUGCCUUGGAUGUGAAUCUCUUCAUAAGAUACUUUGGAAGUUGUCCAGUAAUAUAUAUACAGGGAAGACCAUUUGAAGUAAAAGAAAUGUUUCUAGAAGAUAUUUUAAGAACUACUGGAUAUACCAACAAAGAAAUGUUAAAGUACAAAAAGGAAAAGCAACGUGAGGAGAAACAACAGACCACACUUACUGAAUGGUACUCAGCUCAAGAAAAUACUUUCAAGUCUGAAUCUCAGAGGCAAAGAGCUGUUGCAAGUGUGUCUGAAGAGUAUGAUUUAUUAGAUGAUGGAGGUGAUGCUGUCUUCAGUCAGCUGACAGAAAAGGAUGUGAAUUGCCUUGAACCAUGGUUAAUCAAGGAAAUGGAUGCUUGCCUUUCUGACAUAUGGCUGCAUAAAGAUGUCGAUGCUUUUGCUCAGGUCUUUCAUCUUAUUUUAACUGAAAAUGUUAGUGUUGAUUACAGGCAUAGUGAGACCAGUGCAACAGCUCUGAUGGUGGCUGCGGGACGGGGAUUUACGAGCCAAGUGGAGCAGUUAAUUAGUAUGGGAGCCAAUGUCCACAGUAAAGCAUCUAACGGCUGGAUGGCUUUAGACUGGGCUAAGCACUUUGGACAAACUGAAAUUGUGGAUCUUCUAGAAUCUUACAGUGCUUCAUUGGAAUUUGGAAAUCUAGAUGAAAGUUCUUUGGUUCAAACAAAUGGAAAUGACCUCAGUGCAGAAGACAGAGAGCUGUUGAAAGCAUACCAUCAUAGUUUUGAUGAUGAAAAAGUAGACUUGGAUUUGAUCAUGCAUCUUCUAUACAAUAUUUGCCAUAGUUGUGAUGCUGGUGCAAUAUUAAUUUUUCUACCUGGAUAUGAUGAAAUUGUUGGUUUGAGGGAUCGCAUCCUGUUUGAUGACAAGCGGUUUGCUGACAAUACACAUAGAUAUCAAGUCUUUAUGCUUCAUUCAAAUAUGCAGACAUCUGAUCAAAAGAAGGUAUUAAAAAAUCCACCUGCAGGUGUCCGAAAAAUAAUCCUUUCUACCAAUAUUGCCGAAACAAGCAUCACUGUCAAUGAUGUUGUUUUUGUUAUUGAUUCUGGUAAGGUAAAAGAGAAAUCCUUUGAUGCACUGAAUUUUGUUACAAUGUUAAAAAUGGUGUGGAUUUCCAAAGCUAGUGCCAUACAGCGCAAAGGCAGAGCUGGACGGUGUAGACCUGGAAUUUGUUUCCGUCUGUUUAGUAGACUCCGAUUUCAGAACAUGCUAGAAUUUCAGACUCCAGAGCUCUUGAGAAUGCCAUUGCAGGAACUUUGUUUACAUACUAAGCUGUUAGCCCCAGUUAAUUGUACCAUUGCUGACUUCCUUAUGAAAGCCCCUGAACCACCUCCAACUUUAAUUGUAAGGAAUGCUGUUCAGAUGCUGAAGACAAUAGAUGCAAUGGAUGCGUGGGAAGAUCUGACUGAGCUUGGGUAUCAUCUGGCUGAUUUGCCAGUAGAACCACAUCUUGGUAAAAUGGUCCUGUGUGCUGUUGUUUUAAAGUGUCUGGACCCCAUCCUUACAAUUGCCUGCACGCUUGCUUAUCGCGACCCUUUUGUACUGCCUACCCAGGCCUCUCAAAAACGUGCAGCUAUGCUUUGUAGGAAACGUUUCACUGCAGGGACUUUCAGUGACCACAUGGCACUUCUCAGAGCAUUCCAGGCAUGGCAGAAAGCACGAAGUGAUGGCUGGGAGCGAGCCUUUUGUGAAAAGAAUUUUCUCUCACAAGCUACCAUGGAAAUCAUUAUAGGCAUGAGAACACAGUUGCUUGGGCAGCUUAGAGCAUCAGGUUUUGUUAGAGCACGAGGUGGUGGUGACAUUCGAGAUGUUAACACAAACUCCGAGAACUGGGCCGUUGUUAAAGCUGCAUUGGUAGCAGGCAUGUAUCCUAAUUUAGUCCAUGUGGACAGAGAGAAUGUAGUAUUGACAGGGCCAAAGGAAAAAAAAGUACGAUUCCAUCCUACUUCAGUUCUCAGUCAGCCUCAGUAUAAAAAGAUUCCUCCAGCCAAUGGUCAGGCUGCAGCGAUUCAGGCAUUGCCCACAGACUGGCUUAUUUAUGAUGAAAUGACCAGAGCUCAUAGAAUUGCUAAUAUCAGGUGUUGUUCAGCAGUGACACCCGUUACUGUCCUGGUGUUCUGUGGACCAGCGAGGCUGGCAAGUAAUGCUCUUCAGGAACCUUCAUCCUUUAGAGCUGAUGGCAUUCCCAAUGACAGUAGUGACAGUGAAAUGGAGGACAGAACUACUGCUAAUUUGGCUGCUUUGAAACUUGAUGAGUGGCUUAAUUUCAAGCUAGAGCCAGAGGCUGCCAGUUUAUUGCUGCAGCUCAGACAGAAGUGGCAUAGCUUGUUUUUACGCCGGAUGAGAGCUCCAUCUAAACCUUGGUCUCAAGUUGAUGAAGCUACCAUACGAGCAAUUAUAGCUGUUUUAAGCACCGAAGAACAGUCUGCAGGUUUACAGCAACCAUCUGGAAUUGGCCAGAGGCCAAGACCCAUGUCUUCAGAAGAACUUCCUUUGGCUUCCUCUUGGAGAUCCAAUAACAGCAGGAAAAGUUCAGCUGACACCGAGUUUGCUGAUGGAUCCACUACUGCAGAAAGAGUACUGAUGAAAUCUCCAUCUCCAGCCUUACAUCCACCUCAGAAGUACAAAGACAGAGGAAUUUUACAUCCUAAACGGAGCACUGAUGACCGAUCAGAUCAAUCAUCUGUGAAAUCGACGGACAGCAGCAGUUACCCGAGUCCUUGUGCUAGUCCCUCUCCUCCAUCCUCAGGGAAGGGUUCAAAAUCUCCUUCACCAAGACCAAACAUGCCUAUUCGUUACUUCAUCAUGAAGAGUAGCAAUCUGAGAAACCUUGAAAUUUCUCAACAGAAGGGUAUCUGGUCUACAACCCCUAGUAAUGAGCGGAAGCUAAAUCGAGCCUUUUGGGAGAGCAGCAUGGUUUACUUGGUAUUUUCUGUUCAAGGAUCUGGACAUUUCCAGGGAUUUUCUAGAAUGUCUUCUGAGAUAGGAAGGGAGAAGAGUCAGGACUGGGGGUCAGCUGGCCUAGGAGGAGUAUUUAAAGUGGAGUGGAUACGGAAAGAAAGCCUACCCUUUCAGUUUGCACACCAUUUACUCAACCCUUGGAAUGACAACAAGAAAGUCCAGAUAAGCAGAGAUGGCCAGGAGCUAGAACCUCAGGUUGGUGAACAGUUGCUCCAGUUAUGGGAACGUCUUCCAUUGGGAGAAAAAGCCACAGCUGAUUGACAUUGACAUUGACAUUCAGAACUCCUGGUAUGGAAGAAUAUUAUGCCUGUUGUAACUACUGAAUGCACUGACUUGUUGAAACCUUGAUGAUGUCAUGAGUGGGCUUUGUAGCUUAGAGUGUUACUUCAGAAUCAUCAUCUUCAUAUAGAUGAAAAGACCAUUUGAAUUUUAGUAGUGAUUUUAGGCAAUGAUUAUAUAAUGUUAAUUAUAUGUUUCUGAUGAAAGAAACAGCAAUUUUGUUAUUUGGUAUAACAGCACUUAUUUUGAGUGUAAACAUUUCAGUUGAUGAUGACAAACUUUUUUUAUUUAUUUAUUUUAUUUUGGUUUUUCCAGACAGGAUUUCU